CCGCCACAUAACCUAAUAACCCAUCCAUCCAAAACACACACCAACCCUCGCAGCGGACCAGGAGUUCAAGAGCGCUUGAACAAACACGGAGGGGAGUGGAAAUAUCUUGGGGAAGUGCUCGGUGUAUCGCGCUCCUUUCAUAUGCGAGCUUGUGCAAGUGUCAGAUCCAUGGUGGUGCUUUAUUUUCUUGUGCGUCGGCCAACUUGAAAAGGAAGAGACGCGCUUCUGCGGGCUUUUGUUGCGCCCGGGGAGUUGGGUGCGUUGCGCUGGCAGAUUUGAGAAGAGUGAAAACAGAACAAGGCUACUGCACGCACCAUGACGACACGAGACUCUGGCAGUCAGAGUCAGAAUAAAGCCUGUGGUCUGUUCUGCUUGACUGGCUGUAAUUAUGGCAGAGAAGCAAGAAGGACUUUUGUUUUAUUCCAUCCAGUGAUCCCAUUCGUGGGACUGAUUUUGUUGGCAACGCUCCCUUUUGGAGCGAGCAUCAAACAGAGUGUCCCCAGAGUCAAACUCAACCACAGAGAAUUGUUCCAGGCUGGAAGUACAUAUCUGUUUUCGGGCCCAGCUGAUGGCCUGCACUCCCACACGCUGCUGUUGGACGAGGAGAAGGGUAGACUUUUGCUCGGAGCAAAGGAUCACAUCUACCUGCUUGAUCCGGAAAAUGUGGCCAAAGCCCCUAGAAAGAUCUAUUGGCCUGCUCUAAGGGACAGAGUGGAAGCAUGCAAUCUCGCUGGCAAGAGUGCAAACUUGGAAUGUGCCAAUUUUGUCAGAGUGCUCCACAAUUACAAUGGGACGCAUGUUUAUGCCUGUGGGACAGGAGCCUUCCACCCCACCUGUGCUUUCAUUGAAAUCAUGGGGCACAAAGAGGAUGUUGUUUUCCAGCUGUUGCCCAAUACAGUAGAUUCUGGCAGGUUGAAGUGUCCUUUUGAUCCUUUGCAGCCAUUUGCUUCAGUCCUUUCAGAUCAGUACCUGUAUGUGGGCACAUCAUCAGACUUCCUGGGAAAAGACACUACAUUCACGCGCUCCUUAGGUCCUCCGCCUGACCAGCACUACAUACGCACAGAUAUCUCUGAAGACUACUGGAUCAAUGAGGCCAGGUUUAUUUCUGCUCAUCCCAUCGCUGACACGUACAAUCCUGAUGAUGACAAGAUAUAUUUUUUCUUCCGUGAAGUGUCGUGGGACGGCAACGACAAGAGCAUCCUCUCCCGGGUGGCUCGUGUGUGCAAGAAUGAUGUUGGUGGGCUGAGGAGUCUAACCAACAAGUGGACCACCUUCCUCAAAGCCAGGCUUGUGUGUUCUAUUCCAGGACCAGAUGGUGUGGACACACACUUUGAUGAGCUCCAGGACAUCUUUCUGCUCCCUACCAGAGAUGACAAAAACCCCAUAGUGUAUGCUGUCUUUUCAACUUCCAGUUCCAUCUUCCGUGGCUCAGCAGUAUGUGUAUACAACAUGGCAGACAUAAGGGCGGCAUUCAAUGGACCAUACUCCCACAAAGAGGGGCCCGACCACAGAUGGGUGGAAUAUGAGGGGAGAAUACCAUAUCCCCGUCCUGGAAUGUGCCCCAGCAAGACAUAUGAUCCAAGAAUAAAGACCACCAAGGACUUUCCAGAUGAGGUGAUCAGUUUCAUUCGUUUCCACCCUCUGAUGCACCGCUCAGUUUACCCUCUGACUGGCCGGCCGGUCUUCACACGUGUUCGAGUGGAUUACUCCCUGACUCACAUUGUGGUGGACAGGGUUUUGGCAGAUGACGGGCAGUACGAGGUCAUGUUCCUGGGAACAGAUGCUGGUUCAGUUCUAAAGGUGGUGAGCAUCACCCAAGAAAACUGGUCAACGGAGGAAGUCAUUCUUGAGGAACUUCAGAUCUUCCAGGCUUCCUCUCCCAUCUUCACAUUAGAGAUUUCUUCCAAAAAGCAACAACUUUAUGUGGGUUCCAAAGAGGGGCUCGCCCAAGUCCCCCUCAGCAGGUGUCACCUGUAUGGCAAGGCUUGCGCUGAAUGCUGCCUGGCACGAGACCCUUAUUGUGCGUGGGAUGGGCACACAUGUUCACGAUACGUCCCGGCAUCUAAGAGACGUUCCAGAAGACAGGAUAUUAAAAAUGGGGAUCCUGCAAUUCAAUGCUGGGACACAGAAGACAGUCAUGGUGGGGGCAAUGUGGAGGAGAGAGUUCUUUUUGGAGUUGAGAACAACUCCACCUUCCUUGAAUGUAUCCCAAAGUCCCAACAGGCUCAAAUCCGGUGGUACAUGCAAAAAUUGGGAUCUGAACGUAGGGAGGAGGUCAAACUGGACGAUCGUGUUGUUCACACAGACCGAGGACUCCUGAUUCGCUCCCUCCAUGCCUCUGAUGUUGGCUUGUACUUCUGUGUGGCUCAGGAGCACACACACUUUACAUACACUCUCCUACGUCUCACUCUGCAGCUUCUCUCACAUGGACAACUUGACAGAAAACCUAAACUUGGUGAAGAUGUCAUCAUAGAGCAGCACCACAGUGCAGAGGCACGUCAGCGUUACAAAGACUACGUGAGAGUAAUGAGCUCUCCCUUUCACUCCCUGGAAGAGUAUUGCGAUUCCCUUUGGCUGGAUAAGAGGGCAUCUCGGAUGAGAGCAAAGGGUUUAGGACUUGGCAAAUGGAAACACAUGCAGGACUUGAAGAAGAGUAGAAACAGGAGGCACCACAGGGACAGAGAGGGAGAAAAAGGGAUAAAGAGCCAAGGGAGGGUAAUUAGGUCAGCAUGAAGGUGAAGAAGAGGGUUAACCACAUAAACAUUUACAUUAACAUAAACUUUUUGUACAUUUACAUAAUGUUUGAAGAGGAUAGUGAUGGGACACAGAACUGUGAAGUUGCAGCACCAAGUCAUGUUUUGACAAGUAAUGUCACUUUGACAUCUGAAAAUUAUUUCCUAAAACAUUUAUAAAGCCUGUUUUCUGUUUUCAAUAUUCAACUCGAUGUUUAUGCUUUGAAAAGUGAAAACAAAAGCGAUUUCACAUGAUAAUCUGAAAUAUGUGAAAUUAAUUUCCUAUAUUUAUCCACUGACUAAGUAAUUUUUGCAACUUUAUUUUCCAUAAGCUUUGAGGCCAUAGAUCUUUCUCCAGCUGGCAUUAGGCAACUGUGCUCAGUGGGAAGAGUCGUCAAAUUGCAAUCCAAAAGUUGUAGGUUAAAUUUAUAGCUUCCUCUAACACCCUGGGCAAUGCACUUGACCUCAAGUUGUCUACCAAUCAGUUUAUGAAUAUGUGUGCGUUUAUGGAUGUGAUUGGGUGAAUGUGGUUCUAGUGUUAGUGUUUUGAGUGUGGUCAGUAUGACUGGUAAAGUGUUAUAUCGGUUCAGUUCAUUUAUCAACACGAGUGAUAGUAUGAAAAUAUUGGUAGGUUUAACAGAAGUGGUCAAGGUAAAAAAAAAAAUAAUAAUUCAUUGAAAAAUGUUACUGACAUUGCAUAAACGUCAAAUGAAUGUAAAUAUUUAUGUAACAUGUACAGUAAUUACGGCAUUCUUAUUUUUCUUCAAUACCAUUUUGUAUGUCUAAAAAAUUAUGAUGCAUCAUGUUUGGCUGAUAACAUUUCAUAUUUUUCUACAAUCUCUUCCCUGGUGGAGAUUGAUGUUUUUAAUUUUUUACUGUUCCUGAAAGUUAUUUAAAUAAAUGGUUCUCACAUU